UCAGAGCUGCUCGACUCCUAGCACAGCCUGUCCUCUUAAGGCUUCAAACAAAAAAUAAGAGAAUGCUUGCUUGACAGAAGACAAAGGAGACGACGUACUUAAACAGACUGCAGGAAAAUGGUCAGCAACGCAGUAAUAUUGCUUCUCUUCUGUGGAGAAAUUUGGAAAUCACUUUCCACUGAAAUACCUUCAAAUGUUUCCACAAGUGAAAGCAUUGUGCAUACCAGCACCAGCAUCCUGGCAGAGGACAGAUCUACCACGUACCAACUGCAAACAACCAGCCCCAGCAUGCAGAAGCCUGCAGGAGCACUGACUGCUGCGACAACACUGCCACAGCUGCCCGAACCACACAUAGAGCCCACCAACGGGAGCUGGGUGGCAGCAAUGAUAAUGGGCAUUGUUUUGGUUGGUAUGGUAAUUGCUAUUAGUAUGAUUGUUAUAUGGAAACGCUGCAAGAAGCCAUUGCUAGCCGAUUCAAACUGGGCAGGUCAGUCUCCGUUUGCAGACGGAGACACUCCAGAUACCUUUGUGGACUCCGGCCAGGCUACCAAGCGUUUGUCAGUUUUAUUUAUGUUGCCUUGGAAAUUAAGAGAAGAAGCAUCCGUACAGCACGACCCUCCUGCAUCAGAGAAACCACCCAACGGCACGGCCAGCAACGCCCACAGGCAGCAGCCCGCAGCAGAGCACCACUGCUCUGCCACCAACCCCGCUGCAGCAGCGGCUCCCGGCCCAGAAGCAGCGAGCCCAGAGCAGGUGCUGCACCCACAGCCUGCCGAGGGCCUCGAGCUGCCGCCUCCCCCUGCGUGGCUCACUGAGCUCACUGAGCCGGCCGAGCAGCACGCCGCGGAUCCUGGCCAGCAAGAGGAACUUCACUCAGAAGUGAAGGAACCGUAUCCCCCACCGCUCCAGCUAAUUACUGAAGAGAUCUGUGAACCUCCGCCACGGCCGGAACAGCCUCAGUAG